AUGGCUUCGAUGAACCUUCGUGAGCAAGCGUUACGUUUGAUGAGGCUUGUUGCGACAGCAUCGUGAGCAUCAAUUUCAUAUUGAUAACGUAAUGAUACGUCUGUAGAAUUUUGUUUAUCUUGGCGAGAGGUAUAGAAAGCCUUCGACUGGACUUAAAAUUUGGGAUGGGGGUGUGUUUUGCAACACCCUCCUCCCCUAGCAUGUGAACAGGCUCUCCGGCUGGAACCUGUUCAAAGGCUACCAUCUCAGUGUCUCUGUAAUCUAAAUCUUCAGAAGGAUCAGAAACAUUUAAUUUUGCUCUAUUUUUGCAGGUGCAGAUGCCCUGCUCACUCUCAAAACUUCUCACCAGGUUUGCAAGCCUAUCCUUGGGUCUCUCGGCCUUUAUUUUUUUAUUUUCAAUCUCGCUAUGUAAUUUCAUUUUUAAGAAAUGUGAAAGUUCUGCAUCAAGAAAUUGCCCGAUUUACUAAUUCUCCCGCUUCCUCUGUGAAUUGUUUUGAUCCUCUUCCUCCUCCUCUUCUUUUGUCUUUUUUUUUGUUUAGUACCAAGACUAUCAUCUGCGGCAAAAGAUCAUGUGGAGCCGGAAUGUGCUUUUGAGGUUGGCAAAAACCUUACAGUAUUUAUUGAGUAGUGUAUUAGUUUACUUCACUAUGCUUAAGUGAAACCUUAACAAAAUUUUGUAAGAUUUUAUUUUGUGCCACUUUUUGUGAUUGUAUGCCCUUUGGGAAUAUAAGGAGAAGUAGAUACCCAAUCAAAAGUUACUAAGCUGUGAUAAGUUUUAAAUGAGCAGCUGCAUUAACCCCUUACAUGCUUAGAUCAGUUUGCAUAAUCUCCAUACUAUUUUGCAUACAUAUUUUAUGGUACUGACAAUAAGAAUUUGUUUAACAAUGAAGACAUUCUUUAGUUUUUUUAUAAUUUCCUUUAUUCUCAUCACCCUGUAGGAAGAAAUUAAUUGCUAGUCACACUCAGAUGGCUUGAGAAAUGACUUACCUGAUUUUUUUUGUCUUUAGAUUUUAUAUGUUUUUUUUUUGUUAUAUUUCCAGGUGGCAAAUUCUAGCAUUAGGUAUGGAGAAGGAGUUACUAGGGAAGUUGGCAUGGUGAGUUUGCUGUCGCUUAUUGCAAUUAUACACUAAUACUGUAUUUUUACUUUAUAUCCUUUGUUUAAAUUAUAUUUAAAUUUUUUUAUUUUCUAACAUGACCCUUUUGUGGCUCCCUGAGACACUUGUUCGCAAAGGAAGGUAGAUAGAUUAAGCUUUGAACUAAGAAUAAUUAAACUGAAAUACAGAAUUCUUUGGGAGUAUGAUUGUACUUGAUAUUAUAGCAAAGAUGUGAUUCAUUCUGCAUUAUUUUGAACAGGACUUUGAAAACCGCGGGUUGGAGAAAGUUUGUGUGAUCACAGAUCAAAAGGUAGAGGAAUUGAUUAUGCUGUGUAUUAUAUUUUGUGUAAAUAAAUUAAUCAUAACUGUUAUAAUUUUCUCAAAUGUGAUUGGUGCAUCAGCUAUUUUAUUCUUCAGGUAUCAUUCUUUACAGUUGUAAUCACACAGUGUAAUGGGACAGUUGGCUGUAAUUGAACACCUUUAAUGAGGCAGUUGAAGCAGCCAAUCACACUAAGUCCACUCAGUUUAAUCCACCAAUCACAGCAGUGCUCAUAAUAACCGUAGCAACAACCACAUUAUCCUGAAGAAAAACUGGGGAAUGUUAAGAUGGAGGAAUUUUUUACUUUAGACAUUAUCUUUACCAGAGAUACUGUAUUUGUCCUAAAUGUAUUUGUUGUUUUUGCUAAUUGUCGUGGUUAUGAUUAAUUGGUAAUUGGUUACUAAUUGACAAUUUUUUGUUGAAAAUAAGAGAUUUGGGAAUGAAUUUAACCUCCCUCACCAAAUGAUAUCGACUGUUUUAUCAAAUAAACUGAAGACUUAUUGGAAAAUACAAGCAAAUCCAGAAGUAACUGGAAGAAACUAUCUAUCUAGAGCUUUAGCAUGAGUUAUGAUGUCAAUAAAUUUUAGUAAAUUUCUGCGUGUUACAAUACUUAAAAGCGAUUUUUAUUACACAAGUAGAAAAAUAGUGUGGUGAUCUUGAUCAGCUAAUGGCUGUGAAAGGGUAUUUUAACCUAAAUAGAGAUAAGAACAUGAAGUGAAAAUGAUUUUAAGAAAGGAUAUUUUUGUUUAGCUGGUGACUCUGCCUCCUGUCAAGGAAGCCAUUGAAUCCCUCGAAACCAACAAAAUCAAAUAUGAACUUUUCGACAAAGUUAGAAUUGAGCCAACUGACUCCAGGUAAGUGUUCUUUCAGCUAACUAUUAUAGAUAAUAUUAAUAAAAAAAAUUCAUUGAUAAUUAGUAACACUUAAUCAGUGGACAAGUGUCUGUGAGGUAAACUAUCCUACAGAUUCAUUGGAGACCAAUUUUGUUCCCUGGUUGAUUAUUAUUCAGUAUUUCUUAUUUUUUGUUUUCCUUUGUUUUCUCCAGUUUCAAGGCUGCCAUUGACUUUGCCAAGCGGGGUAAUUUCGAUUCUUUCCUGGCCAUCGGUGGCGGCUCUGUGAUUGACACUGCCAAAGCAGCCAACCUUUAUCUCUGCCAUCCAGAGAAUGAUUUCCUGGAUUUUGUAAAUGCGCCUGUUGGUAAAGGAAUGCCUAUUGACAAGCCUUUAAAACCACUUAUAGCAAGUGAGUGGGCUAAAUAUCAGUAAGGAUGUUAUUUAUAUUUUUUUACUUUUAAUUAUCUGACUGGAUUAAAAAUUCUGUACCAGGUCCUGUACAUCUAACAUUGCUAACUUUUAAGCCUACAGAACAAGCAACUUGGCCAAUCUUGCCCAGACCUUGAGUCUGCUCAUCUGAGAAAAAAAAUUAAAUAAGGCUGCCUAUUCUGUAGGCUUGCUUACUCAAAUUUGUGAGCUCAAAACUCCCACAGACUCAGACUUAAAACCCUUUUUAAAAAUCAAUUUUUGGCCGUAUACUUUCAGUCAAAUCAUUGUUUUAUGCUAUUUUAAAAUCUAUAUGUAAGUCAAGCUAACAGGUUUUUUUUUGAAAAGCAAACCUUCCCUUUUCAAUUAAUAUUUUUUAUCUUGGUUUAAAUUUAAUUGCUGAUUAAGGAUGUGUGAUUUAAUCCACAGUCCCAACUACUGCUGGAACAGGUAAGUAAAUUGGAUUAUUUUUGAAUAGUUGUUGGAUUCAUAACUGGAAAGUUACAUGAUUUGCUAAAUGGUAGGGGGUUUUGUAUUAAAUACCACUCCUGAGUGGAUCCAAAAUUUCAGAGAGGGUUGAGUGCAAAAAUUUUGUCAGUGGUGAGAUACCUGAAGCCCUCUACCUUCCAGCCCCUCCCUCACCAACCUCCAGAUAGAGCAGUGAAUCACAUCUAUGGAGCUGCCAUCAUUGGUACCCUGGGGAUAAUUUUGGGUUUUAAAACUCAAAGUUAAGGCUUUGGAAGGCAGACUUAAACAGCAUUGAAAUCUCCUUACUCAAGAACUGUUUGAAGGGACAUUCAUGUGGUGUGAUUGUCUGAAUGGGAGAAGUCCUGAGAAGGACUGCAGCUGGUAGAUGUGACUGAUGUUUCGAUAACCUGAGUGGAAGUCAUCCUUGACUUCUGAUGAUGACUUCCACACAGGUUGUCAAGCAAACUUCUGUCACAACAAUUGACAACAGUCCUUUCCAGGACUCCUCUGACCCGGACGAUUAGACAACACAAUCAAAUGUUACUCCUGGGUUCAAAUCAUUUUUGCAGUUGAAGACUUUAUCUUAAUAUCAUUCAUAGUUGAAGCUUUUUUAACAAACAGUCUUGUAUAUCCUCUCUCUUUAACGAUACACUUUUGUUAAUAACCUGUUAUAGGUAGUGAAACGACAGGAGUGGCUAUUUUUGACUACGAGCCCAUGAAUGCAAAAACAGGUAUUACAAUUUCAGCGCAUUUCUUUGAGUACAUAACGUUUGCGUGUCGUAAAACGUAAUCACGACAGCCAAUCAGGAGAAAGGAAGAUAGCGCAAGUAGCCAAUUAGAAUGGAAAGGAAAAACAAGCCAGCUGCCUGAAGCGCGGGAAAACGCGAGUAGCCGAUUUACGAUUUUGGUUAGUUUUGAAUCUGAUUGGUGGAGAGGAUGAAGCGAGUUUUUUUUGGACCAGUCACUUGGCAAGGGAAAGCAAAACCAAUGCAAUAUGCAAUCCUGGAUUACUUCUUCUCGUGUGCUGCUUUUUGUUCUAACCACACGUUUACGUCAUCUGUGAUCUAGAACUGAUGAUAAGCUAAAUUAUACGCGCAUUUUUUAUCUUACUUAUGAUCUAUUGGAGGACAGACCCAGCGAUGACAUUUUUCAUAUCAUAUAGAACGAAGAUUCUGUGUUGCCGUGGAUUUGCACCGUAAUAGAUCACAAAAGACUCAGAAUGUGCUAGCAACAUCACACAAUCGGCUGCGUCUUUUUUGUUUCUUUUUAGAUCGUACACGUCAUCUGUGAUCUAUUACUGGACAGAUGCACAGCAACAUGGAAUCUGUUUGUUAAAUAACCCUUUAACUCCCAAGAUCUGAUUGUUAAUUCUCCCUCUAGCUGCAAGGACAUUUCCUUGUAAAUAAGUAAUGAGAAUUUAGUGUUAGAUCAAGGUAACAACUUCUACCUGAUAAGAUAGAGUUUUCCCAAUACCUGUUUACAGAAUAAUGUAUGGAUAUUACGGGGAGAAGUUUCAUGUUAAUCACUUGUGGGACUUAAAGGGUUAAACAGAGACGCAUGUAAUCUAUAUGUUAAACAGACCCGGACGAAGUCCAUCACCUUUAUCAUUCCACCUUUAUUCCGCCUAGCCGUUCGGUUAUUUUUGGUGUUGGUUUUUCGACAUUCAAUCUUUGAGCUACAACGAGAUCAAAUGUUUCACUGCGCGCAACGUAAGGAAAAUUUUUCCUCAACUUACAUCCUGUCUAUUUGAUUGUCAUUUUUCAGGCAUUGCAAACAGAGCCAUACGUCCAACGCUAGGCAUUGUGGAUCCACUACAUACCCUGCACAUGUCUGAGAGGUUAACAGCUAACAGUGGCUAUGACGUAUUGUGGUAAGAAUUACCAAAGAAUCCACAGUCCCCAACUUUUGCUUGAGAUCUAAAGAAAUACUAUCGUUAUAAAGGGAUAUCGUAACAUUUAAUUUAUAAUCUUUGGGCUUAUGUGAUUUUGUAAGGAGUUUUGGGUGGGCUGAUAACUUUGGGUGAACAGCCGUAAAGUAUAGACGGUUCAGAAAGCUGGGAUUCGUAAGAAAAUAUCCUUUUGGAUAGUCUACUUAAAGAAGGCUUACAAAUGUUAGGACUUUUAAUGGUAAGGGGUGGAAGGAUGGGGAGUUACCCGUUGAGGCUUAUAACUAGAGUGUCAUGUGAUUAUGUGUUUAUCCUUAUAGCAUGUUUUUUUCAUGUAUUUACCUAUUCAUUUUCUGUGCUUGUUUGUUCUUUAUAGUCAUGCUAUCGAGUCAUACACAGCCAUACCUUAUCAGAAGAGAGGACCACGCCCUCUAAACCCCAACAUGCGGCCAGCGUACCAGGGCAGUAACCCUGUCAGUGAUGUUUGGUCCAAACACGCUCUCGGUAUUGUCGCCAAAUAUUUGAAAAGGUAACAUACUAAUACUUAAUACUCCUGGUUUUUGUCCAAGAAGUUGGCCGAAAUCCCCUCCAGGACCGAAAAAACCGCCGAGGCUUGCAAUCAAGACCGUAAUACCACUGAGCUUAAUUAAUUUUUCACGACAACCGAAAACCGACGGCCUUUCAAACGCAAAGUACCCAAAAACGGAGAGGAUAGUUAUACCGAAAAUGAAAUGCGGAAGAAUUUGAGGGAAAAAAACCGGAAACUAAUUAAAAAAUUAAAAAACAGAACCUCAUGCCCUCUUUCUUAAAUAGUAUCCCAAAAAUUGUUCAGUUUUUUCGACUUUGCGAUAAUACGUUUCAUACCACACGAAUGGAUCACAGCGCCCGUUCAAUUUUUCCGCGCUUGGCAUGGGUCACGUGCGCGCUUUGAGUUCUGAUUGGUUCAUAUUGUAUGUCAUAUUAGUUGUGAUUGACUGUUGUAAUUGGUGUGGUUUAUUUCAAACGCGUACGUCAGCACAGCGGACACGCGACUGAAAAUCGUUCUCAAGUAAUCUUUUGUUGCCUUCAAUAGAUCAAUUAAGGACGCAAGUGACCUGGAAGCACGGUCCAAUAUGCACUUGGCAAGUGUUUACGCUGGUGUCGGAUUUGGAAAUGCCGGGGUUCAUCUUUGGUAACAUCUAAGUUUCUUUAUACGAGGGUCUUUAGAAAAACAGUCAACUUCCAAAAUGGCUUCCUUACUGGGUAAACAAUCAAUGAAACGCCGAUAAAACUUAAACCAAACGUGAUUUUGUCACUCGCGUUUUCCCUCGCUUCAGGCAGUUUUCUCUUAUCAAUUUUUGUCCUCAUUGGCUGCUCAUGAUCUUUCACUUUUGCUCUGCUUGGCUGUUGAGAUCACGUUGACUCUGAGUUCACGAGGCUUAAUAGGAAAUCGCCCCAAAUCACUGACUGCUAUCUUGCGUUACUUUGCACCAAACCAGUGUCUCGUUACGCGGCUCGGUAAAUAUGCGCAACUUUUCCACUUCACCUCAAUUCAAAAUUACUAAUGUUCAUUCUUUUACGGGAACGAAGAAACCAACAAAGUUUGCCUCGCUCCCAACAAGAUGGCUUCGUAGCUCAAGUUGUAGUCGUGCGAGUCCGAAUCCCGUCAAAACCUGAAUUUUUUCCUCUGGCUUCUUUCUUGCAUUUUCAUUAAGUGCAGUCCACUAGAAUCCCGUCUUUAGUUGGUCUUUCGUCGCUAGGUAUCCAGCUUCCUGAUUUUAAAAUUCUAAAUGAGGAGAAAAACUAAUUAAGGUGUUUUGCCCUUUACUCAGUCAUGGAAUGUCAUAUCCUAUAUCCGGACUCGUCAAGUCUUACAAAGCCAAAGAUUAUGAGGUCGAUCAUCCUCUUGUGGUGAGUAAAAAAUUUAUUUUGUUGCGAACACAACACGCAGUUUCGCUAUCUUGCAACUCAACCUCAAAAUUACAUUCUCAAAGCUUUCAUCAUCAGGUGAUAAUUUUCACGAUACUCUUCCCAAAUCUGCAUUGAAAGGGAUUGAUAUUUUAGAAGGAAAUAACACAUUUAUUGCUGUUUACGUUAUGUUUUUAUUCGUCAGCCUCAUGGUUUGUCCGUAAUAAUGACGUCACCAGCAGUGUUCCGCUUCACUGCACCCUCUUGUCCCGAAAGACAUUUGGAGGCUGCGCAGAUUCUCGGUAAGUCAAAUGAUGUCAUACAACAAGCUCUCUUAAAUUAAAAACGUUGUACUUGUAAAAGGGAAUCAAUGUCAGUAUUUUAGUAACUGCACUCCUUCCCCAACCCAAAACCAGUCACCCAACUGAUAACAAGGGUUAGGCGCGCAAUUACUCAGAUACUGAUAUUGAUUCUAAUAAGGCAAGCUAUAUCGGCGAUGGGGUAGCGUGUGAAAGGUUGAAAACAGGACUGCAUUGGUUUUUCACCACUGACUUCAAUCCACAGUGCGAGAAACAUUUUCCUGCCGCUGCUAGAGGAAGUAUUUUUUUCGAAUAUCUUAGAGUUUUUGUUGGGUAAUUCUGCUGUUUGAUUAAUAUUUCUUGCGAACUGUUUUCAUCUCCUAUCUCGUUUUGCUUAUGCUGUGGUCCAUUCCCGCCAUCCUCUUGGCAAACUUACUUAUCCUGACACCUUUUUUUUCUCAUUAAGGCGCAGACAUAUCUAACGCAAAGCUAGCAGACGCCGGUUUACUUCUCUCCGACACGCUCCGUGAUUUCAUGUACAGCACAGGGGUAGAUAACGGGCUUGCAGCCCUCGGGUAUAAAUCUGAAGAUAUUCCAGCGCUUGUCAAGGGAACAUUGCCUCAGCAUCGAGUGACAAAACUUGCCCCUGCCGGAGCCCCAGGGGAAGAGGAACUGGCAAGACUUUUCGAGGACUCAAUGACCUUGUAUUGAUCAGAUCACUUUGUAUCAAGAUUGGGGACUAAAGUUCGGAAAGCCUGCGGUCGAGUUUUGCCUUGAUCUAUCAGUAUGAAAGGAUAACCAAUACUUCCCGGUGGAAAAGAUAUACAGUGCAAUAGGUAACUGUCGGAAGUUGAUUCAAAUGUUGGCGAGGAAUUCUUACUCGAAUCUGAGGCAGUUACAUGUACCCGCAGCGGUUUUUCUUGUCUCCCACGGACUGAUUUUCUAAUUCAGUCAGUUAAUCAGCCAAAUCACUCAAUGAAUCCAUCGACUGAUUUAUCAACGCGUUUAUCAAUGUGAUUUAAUGGAAUGCGAGCCACAGGGUCAUGUGUAAACUCCAUAACAAAUUUGUUAAACUGGACGAAGUGAUACCGUAUUCUAGUC